AUGGAGCCCCCGCCAGAGGGUAUAUGCUACGACACCCCAGAGCUCGGAAUCGCUGCAGCGAAUGCCUUCGCACGGGAUCAUGGCUACGGCCUUACUACUCGAUGUAGUAAGCGCACGAAGAAGGGUAUAUUAAAGACACUUCGUCUAUGCUACGAUCGCGGGCGGCAGUACGAUACUCGGUGGCAGGAAUAA